CGGGGGGAAGGUACUGACCGGUACUGACCGGUACUGACCAUUUCUGACGAUAAAAGAGAGCACAACAUUCGAAAAAUGGCGGCCUCACAUACGGGGGUGACUCAGUCGGUGGAUGCAAUGGAUACCUUGGACGAUAGCUUAUUGAGCCUGGAGAAGCUGGAUAGGACAUCCCCCGAAAUGUGGCCUGAACAGAUUCCAGGUGUUUCGGAAUUUGUGUCGUUGCAUUCAUCAGCUGCUUAUGCUUUACAGCAACCCUGGACCAGAGGCUUAGAUCCAGAUGACAUUAACCUCUUACAUCAAUUUGGUAGCCUUACGGCAUCUGGUCUUAUAGCUGAAGUGAAGAAGCUACACGAUGUUGCUUAUCAGCUGGGGUUGGAAGAGGCUAAAGAAAUGACACGAGGAAAAUAUCUCAACAUAUUGACCAGAAGGCGUCGAUAAUUAGAUUGAAUGCUACAUUUUGAAUUACUUUGAACUAAAAAUUAAUUCUUCAUAAACAAAUGAGGGAGAGUCAAUAAAUAGGCCAAAAAUUGUUAUAAAAUGUAAAAAUGUGAUAUUUGAACCUGGAAAAAACGUUUAUUUUUUGACAUAUCCUCCACCAACACUGAUACACUUGUUACAUCACUUUACCAGUGCAUCGAAACAUGCAGCAUAAGAGUCUUAUAACUAUUGUUUCAGCUACUUCCACAUCUCUGUUUCAACCUUGUUAUCAGUGAAAUGUUUUCCCUCCCAUUUUUAACCCCUUUAUGCCACAAGCACUUCCUGCUGUAAAUAAGAAACAUUUCUUUAUGAAUACCCUUUGUAUUGAGUCCUUUUGCCCACAUGAAAUGCACAACAGAACCCUGCUCUUUGGUAGUAUACUCAUCAAGCACGGCCACCCUUUUGACUACUAAAACCAGCCUCUGCACAUGCACAUGUGCGUCAGCUACCUAGACUGUCAUGUGAUACACAUAGGAAGCCUAUUAUGUCCAUUACAGCUGUUUUACUUCCAUGUGUGUCCUGUUUAUCAGCUCUCCCUCGUUAAAUGCCCAAGGCAUUAAUUCUGUAACUAACAAUACUGUAUCACAUUUGAUGCUUUUAAAAUGUAAUCUUAUUGUUAUCAAUAAAAAAGAUGUUAUAUUAU